CUUGGACACGCGUAUAAAAUGCUGGAACCCUAAUGCCCCAUCUUCACUCGCCUGUGAGAGCUUCUUUGUGAGCAGCCGCGCUUUCGGUAAAACCUUAUUCUCGCCCUGUCUCUGAAUAGCGCUCUUUGCGUACAGGUAAGAUGGCAGCAACCACUCUGGCGCCGGUCCAACCGUCUCAGGACUCGAAUCAGCCUCACUACGAUGUGAAGCUCUUUAACCGAUGGACCUUUGACGAUGUUCAGGUUGUUGACAUUUCAUUGAAUGAUUACAUUGGAGUUCAAGCUGCCAAGCAUGCAACCUAUGUUCCACAUACUGCUGGAAGGUACUCAGUGAAACGUUUCAGGAAGGCACAGUGCCCAAUCGUUGAGAGGCUUACGAACUCUCUGAUGAUGCAUGGAAGGAACAAUGGUAAAAAAUUGAUGGCUGUAAGGAUUGUGAAGCAUGCAAUGGAAAUCAUUCACCUUUUGACUGACCAGAACCCAAUCCAAGUCAUUGUUGAUGCCGUCAUCAACAGUGGUCCACGUGAAGAUGCUACUAGAAUUGGAUCAGCUGGUGUUGUUAGACGUCAGGCAGUUGAUAUUUCUCCAUUGAGACGUGUAAAUCAGGCCAUCUAUCUUCUUACCACUGGUGCUCGUGAAUCAGCUUUCAGAAACAUCAAGACUAUUGCUGAGUGCUUGGCUGAUGAACUCAUCAAUGCUGCCAAGGGUUCAUCUAACAGCUAUGCCAUCAAGAAGAAGGAUGAAAUUGAGAGAGUUGCCAAGGCCAACCGCUGAAGAGUUAUUAGAGAACCAGAGAACAAUUCUUGUUUUUUAUCAGUACUUUAUGGGAUCACCUUUUAUCACUUGGACAUAUUAAGAAUGGGUUUUUUGGUUUUCUAUUUAUUUUGAAAAUUGGAUGUCUCUUUGGUUGAAGUUUUGAAUAGGAUUAUUUUAAGAUGUUUUAGUUAAUUAAAAGUUAAUCUUAUAAUUUGCGCAUUGUUGAGA